AUGCCCACCCUGUUGUGGCAUAAGAGCCAAGAGAAAGAGCAACGAGGUAGGCACGUCCGCACGAGGCAUCGACUCAAGAUACGCCGCCUGCAGCACGACAGCGGUACGUAUAUGCUGGGCCUCCCAGUGCAGUACCUACCGUACACGUACAUAUGGAUGCCGACACGCACUACCACAUGGAAGACCAGAAUAGGUAGUGUAAACGAUGACGCGCCCGACGGGGCCCACUGA